AUGGGUUCUGGCUGGGGCGGGGCCCACUGUGACAUCACCAAGGGCCAAGCUUGGCUGGUCCUCAGUCUCCAGGUGCCAGGGCAGACCAGCACACCAGGAGCUGUUUCCUCUCGGCUCACCAUGUGGUCCGUCAAAUGGUUCCUGUGCUUUUCCAUGGCUGUUACGUAUGUCUACGCUUUAAUGUUUACUUCCCUGAGAGAGAAAGCCGAAGAACUCCAGAGUCAGGUGCUCUGCGGAGGACACUGUCUAAUUCAGCAGAAUCAACCAGAGCAUGCCCAAGACUGGUUUAAGAUCGUGUUGCUCGGGCUUUUCUUCAUUGUGCUCAUGUACGUGACAGUGGAGCUGACAGGAGAGAGUGGUGAGAGUAAUGUGCAGACUCCUCCUGCCCGUCAGGGUGGUUCAUUUGGCUCUCUGGGACAGAAAAAGAAAAAGGCCUCCCCAGACAAAGACUGUAUGUUCGCUACCUUAACCCAGCUCGAGAUGGACCUUGUGAAAUUUGUGUCCAGGGUGCGGAAUCUGAAACUUGCCGCGGCAACCUGCGAUAACCUCAACCCUCCCAAUGUUGAGGUUCCCGCAGCACACAAUAACAUUACACUGUAUGAACUCUGGUGCGACGAAGACUCUGAAUGA